AUGAGGAUGCAGUAUCUGAAUCAAACAUCGGUUACGGAAUUUAUUCUGAUCGGACUUUCCCAGGAGCCGAGGACUCGGGUUCUGCUUUCAGUUUUGUUUUUAAUAAUAUACUUAGUGACCAUUUUUGGGAAUCUUAUCCUAAUAUGUACGGUCAUCGUCACCCCGCGUAUGCACACCCCUAUGUACUAUUUCCUCUGCAACUUAUCCUUUCUGGAUUUAUUCUAUUCAUCCUGCACUAUCCCCAAAAUGUUGUGUGACAUGAUCUUUUCCGUAAGAGGAAGGAUUUCGUUAAUCGGGUGCAUGAUGCAGAUGAGUACAAGCCUCUUCUUAGGAGAAACAGAAUGUAUCCUGCUGGCGGUGAUGGCGUAUGACCGCUACGUCGCCAUAUGCUUCCCCUUGCGCUAUAUGGUCAUUAUGAGCUGGCGGAUGUGUAAAAAUAUUACCAUUAUUGUAUGGCUGGGGAGCUUCCUGUCUACUCAUAUUCCUACAAUUAUAAAACCGCUAACGUUCUGCGGAGGAAACAAAGUUAAUAAUUUCGUUUGCGAGAGCAUCUCGCUUCUAAAACUAGUGUGCGGGGACACCUCCUUCCACGAAACAAUGAUCCUUUGUGGAAGUUUGCUUACAAGCUUAGCUCCUUUCGCGUUCAUUUUAGUUUCUUACGCGUGCGUUAUCACAUCGAUUUUAAAGAUGCAGCCCACGGACGGAAAGACUAAAGCCUUUUCCACGUGCGCUUCCCAUCUGACUGUUGUCCUGAUGUUUUACGGCACUAGCAUGUCCGUGUACCUGGGACCCACCAAGAACGUUUCCGGCAAACAGAAAUACGUCACAGUGAUUUAUAGUGUUGUGACACCCAUGUUAAACCCUCUGAUUUACAGUUUGAGAAACAACGACGUGAAGGUUGCAUUGAGGAACAUUUUGCGUAAAAACAAAGAACAUACCUAA